AUGGCUGAAGCAGCCAACAAGUCCUCUCUGGCGAGCUCAAUCUUCUCUUGGUCACGAAGCAGUACCCCUCCGCCGAAGUCACCGCUGCCGAAACCGAGUGAUGCAUCACCAGCUCUUAGACAGUCGUCCGGCCUCGACCAUACUGUCAAUCUAAACCCAUCUCCAAGUCUCCGAAGGUAUCCCAAGGAUUGUCCCGCUCUCAAGCCCCGGUGGUAUUACGCAAUUGACGUGGCCAAACGGAAACCUUUCGCUCCAGAACCAACACCUGAAGAAAAGGCCAAACCCCCACCAGUUCCAAAGAAACUGGUACCUUUUUCAACGUCAGACUCCCAGAGCAUCGAGAAGGCAUAUCAGAACCUUGCUCAAAGGAACCAGAACAAGGAUAGGACAGCCGAGCCUCCGCCCGCCACCACCGUACCUGUCAACGAAGACUAUUUGUAUGAUGUCGACGUUGAGAAGCGUGAACUUCUCCCGGCCUACUGGUUAGGGCCUGUCUAUGAGGUCCGCAGAGGUACCUGGUUUUUCGCCGAAAACCCAUUGAGACCUUGUGAUGAGAAUCUGGCGAAUCAACUGGAAGAAGGCUAUAUCAAAGUGGCACCAUGGAGACGUUCAAACCUACAAUCUCCUCGUUCAGCCUCCCAGCCUAGAUCUCGACCCAACUCGGCAGUUAUAGAUAGCUCAGCCUCUCCAUCGCUGGGCAAGCCGCCCCCCUCACAGGACGACAGUUUCUCUGCCAGUCCAAACACAUAUCGCUUGUUCGGAACUCACAUGAAUACAACAGUCACAUACAUGGACGAUACCGUAGCCUAUCUGACAACGGAUGAUUUCCUCUCGCGGGUUAGCAGUACAGUUUACGGCAGGUUCAUUGGAUAUGGUGGCACAAAGGUAGUGCGUGGAUGGUCUGAUACAAAGCUCGCCGAUCCACCAAAAGGCGAGCAAAAGGAUGACUCAAAGUCGACGGAGGCAACAAGCACCAAAGAGAAGCGAAAAUCUGCUAAAUUGCCUUCAGAGGCCACACCUAACGUCGGAGAGGAUAAGAUUCAGGUGAUGAACAAGGACAACGUCGAGAAACCUCGGCGGACGGCCUUAGAGCGCCAGAUCUCGUCGCUGGCAGGUCUUCCCAAGGUAGACGACUCUAACUACUUGGGUGAAGAAGAAGAAGCUAGAGAAGAAGAGGAACGCGAAAUGGAAGACGCAAGGGAAAGAGAUGGAGAAGAUCAAGCGAGACAAAUUGACCACUUGGUGCUUGUAACGCACGGCAUCGGCCAACGGCUCGGUCUUCGUCUCGACAGCAUCAACUUUGUCCAUGAUGUCAAUACUCUGCGCAAGUCUAUGAAGGUCGUCUACGAAACUGCUCCCGACUUACAAGCCCUGAGCGGGGAUCCCAAAAAUUGCAGAGUUCAGGUCCUUCCCAUCUGUUGGAGACACGAGCUCGAUUUCCCCAAGCAAAGUCUGAAGCAAAGCCGCAAAGAAUACGACAUUGGAGAUGCUGAUGCCUUGUUCGAUGAUGAUUAUCCUUCGUUGCAGGACAUCACGGUGGACGGUGUACCAGCGGUUCGCAAUUUGAUCACCGAUUUGGCUCUGGAUGUUCUCCUAUACCAAAGUGCUUACAGAGAACACAUCACAUCGAUUGUACAAAAGGAGGCCAAUCGAGUCUAUCGCCUCUUCAAAGAACGGACCGGUUUCUCGGGAAAGGUUAGCUUCUGUGGACAUUCCCUUGGGAGUGCGAUUUGCUUUGAUCUUCUAUGCAGACAGGAAGAAGACCUAAAGACACGACCAAGACGGGUAUCGAGCAAAACAUCACGGGAGCACGGUAUUGAACAAAACGAGCUUCGUCUCGACUUUGAUGUGGAGAACUUCUUUGCCCUUGGUUCGCCGGUUGGUCUCUUCCAGAUGCUCAAGGGCAGAAUGAUUUCUGCACGACCUUCAGCGGGUGCCAGUGCAUUUGGAGCCACUGUCGUGCCCACAUCGCCGUUUGACCCCGACCCCAUGAACAACCAUCCCUUCGAUAGUGUUGCAUCGAAAAUGAACGCCGGCAACAGCUCUUCCGGUCUAAUACCCAUUACUACCUCUUCACCCAAAUGCAACGAACUGUUCAAUAUCUUCCAUCCCACAGAUCCUAUAGCCUAUCGCAUGGAACCCCUCAUUUCACCAGCAAUGGCGCAGCUGAAGCCUCAACCGAUCCCCUACACCAAGAAAAAUCUUUUUGCCGCUCCCGGGAUUUCAAAUAUUUCUGAACGGGUCAGCCAGCAAAUCAUGUCGAGCUGGUACAAUCUUACCUCAGGUGUGGCAUCCAGUCUGAUUAAUAGAAGCCUGGGCAUUACCGGUGAGGAGCAAGCGCUGUCUCAGGACAAGGCCAAAGCCGUGAACGCAGCCAAAGAAGGUGCCCAGGCGACUGUUCAACUCGACAUACCUGUGGCAGAUGAGAAAAAGCAGCAAGAUGUUGCUGAGGCGGCCAAAUCCUCCCCGUCCACAGAACACGCACCUACCCUGAUCGACUCUGAAAUGGAGACACUCUAUACGGGCUUUCAGAAACUGCAAGUCGCCGCCGACGCCGCGGACGACGAGGCCCAGGCACGGACUUCAACCGAGUUCCGCCAAUCGCAGGAGCGAGCGAGGAAACUCAAGCGUGAAGAAGCCAAGGUCCGAGCCUUGAACAGCAACGGACGAGUCGAUUAUCACAUUCAAGAGGGCAUGUUUGACGUGUCUCUGCUCGCUAGUAUCGCAAGCCACUUGAGUUACUGGGCGGACGAGGAUGUAAAUCACUUUAUGAUUGGACAAAUGUUGAAAACGAAAGGCAAGGAGCGGCAGCGAGCCAAGGGGGUGGAAGAGUCGUGGUGA